AAAGUCGAGAAUAUUAGUGGAAAAAUGAGCAAAUUUUCAAAUGCUGUAACAAAAAACUGUUAUCUUACUUGUGGAUCUUCCUACUAUUCCCAUGGCAUAUUUUCCCUCCAAAAUCCAGAAUUACAGCUAUACAUCAAAAUCCAGAACAUAAAUUUAAGUUCUUUUCUCUGAUGAUAACAUCUCAUGAAUUUUCCUCUCAAAUUCAAAAAAACUGCUUCCCAUUCCCCUUCAUUCUCAAUUCUAAAAUGCCUCUCCACAUUUCCCACUUCAACCCCACAAACCCACAACCACCCUUUCCAAACCCUUCUCGAGAACAUCUCCAAAAAAUCCAGCAACAUUGAAUUUUCACUAGUUUCUGCACUUAAAUUCAUUUCAUCAUCCCCUUCAUUGAUCUCCAAUGGCCAACAGCUCCAUAGCUUUAUACAAAAAUCUGGGCUUGAUUCCAAUCUUUUUGUACAGAACAGCUUGAUCAGCAUGUACUCGAAAUGCGGGUCGAUUUCUUGCGCCAAAUCGAUCUUUGAUGAUUCCCUGAAGCUUGAUUCUGUGUCUUGUAACAUUAUGCUUUCUGGGUAUGUGAAAUAUGAUUUUUUGAAUGAUGCAUGUGAGCUGUUUGUGAAAAUGCCGGAGAAGAAUUGUGUGUCGUAUACGACUAUGAUAAUGGGGUUGGCUCAAAAUGGGUUUUAUGGCGAUGCGAUUGGGGUUUUUGGGAAAAUGAGGCACUCUGGUGUGGUCCCAAAUGAAGUGACCAUGGCUAGUAUUAUCACAUCUUUCGUGCAUUUUGACGGUAUUCAAAAUGUGAAAGUACUGCAUUCACUGGUGUUAAAACUUGGCCUAUAUGUGUUUGUUCUUGUUUCAACUAAUUUGGUUCACUUAUAUUGUGCGAGUUCACAGCUGGAGGAUGCUAGGAUGGUGUUUAAUGAGAUGCCAGAAAAGAAUGUGGUUUCAUGGAAUGUGAUGUUAAAUGGCUAUGCAAAGGAAGGUUUGGUUGAUUCAGCUAGGGAAUUAUUUGAAAGGUUUGUUGGCAGAGACGUGAUUUCUUGGGGUACGAUGAUUGAUGGGUACGUGCAAGUAGGGAGAUUAAGUGAAGCUUUGAGGGUUUAUCGUGACAUGGUGUGCAAUGGGUUGGGUCCUAAUGAUGUGAUGAUUGUGGGAAUAAUUUCAGCUUGUGCCCACGCAAAUGCAUCAGUCGAGGGUUUGCAAUUCCAUGGUGUAGCAGUGAAGAUAGGGUUCGAUUGUUAUGACUUCACACAGGCAACGAUAAUUCAUUUCUAUGCUGCUUGCCAAGAAAUCAAUCUUGCUCUUUUGCAGUUUGAGCAAGGAAGCAAGGACCAUAUGGCUUGUUGGAAUGCACUUAUUGCAGGACUAAUAAGAAACGAAAUGGUUGAUGAGGCCAGGCGUUUAUUCAAUGAGAUGCCCGAAAGAGAUAUUUUCUCAUGGAGCUCAAUGAUCUCUGGUUAUUCACAAAACGAGCAGCCUAAUUUGGCUCUUGAACUUUUUCACGAAAUGGUAGCUAAUAGAAUCAAGCCGAAUGAAAUCACAAUGGUCAGUGUUCUGUCUGCGGUUGCUACUUUGGGCAUUCUGAAAGAAGGUAUAUGGGCUCAUGAGUUCAUCCACAAUAACUCUAUUCCAAUGAACGACAAUUUGAGUGCAGCAAUCAUAGAUAUGUAUGCGAAAUGUGGAAAAAUCAACGCAGCCCUAGAAAUGUUUUAUCAAAUCCGAGAGAAGGCCAAAGAUGUCUCACCUUGGAACGCGAUUAUAUGUGGCUUGGCCAUGCAUGGGCACGCAGAACUCUCUUUAAGAAUUUUCUCCGACUUGCGAAGGCUUAAUAUAAAGCCCAAUUCAAUCACAUUCAUCGGAGUCUUGAGCGCAUGUUGCCAUGCUGGAUUGGUGGAAGCAGGGGAAAUGCAUUUCAAGAGCAUAAAAAGCAUAUACAAUGUAGAGCCAAAUAUAAAGCACUAUGGUUGUAUGCUCGAUCUUUUAGGCAGAGCCGGAAGAUUGGAAGAAGCGGAAGAACUCGUAAAGAACAUGCCUAUGAAAGCAGAUGUCGUGAUAUGGGGGACGCUAUUGGCAGCAUGUAGAAUGCACGGGAACAUGGACAUAGGCGAAAGAGCUGCUGAUAACUUGGCAAGGGUGGAGCCAUCUCAUGGUCCUAGUAGAGUUCUAUUGUCCAACAUUUAUGCAGAUGCAGGAAGGUGGGGUGACGCAUUUUCAACCCGGCGAGCAAUGCAAAUUGAAAAAUUGUCGAGAUCGCCAGGGUAUAGUGGUGUCGUGUAAUUUUUUGAGCUUCUUGAGUACAAAGGGAAAAUUAUCCGUUCUGAAGAAAAAAUGGCAAAGCUUAAAUUAUAAAUAAGUUGAUUAAAUAUACUUA